AUGUCGUCGUCCUUCCCCCAGCGGGGGAAAGGGAAACCCCCUUUUUCACCCCCUCCUCCUCCUCCGAAAAUAACGCACUCGACCACCACGAACUCCAUGUCCAUGUCCGUGGGCCAAGGCGAGGAAGAAGACGAGUUGGUCUCUAAAAAAUCCGCCCCUUCAACCAUCGCUUUUGGGAAUAAAAAUCUCACUUAUUCAAGCGGGGUGCACCGGUCGCCGUCGACGGAGAAGUUAUCGAUGAAUAAUCACAACAACAAACGCCCGCGAGCGUCCAUGGACGGUUUUCCGAUGGAGGACGAUUGUCACCCGAGAACUUUAAACUCGAAGCGGUUUCUCUCGGACGCCAUGGCGAACGAAUUAGGAUGGAAAUGGAGCUUAGAAGAAACCAAUGGAAACAACAACACCCAACAGACGGAAACGACGACGACGACGACGAGUCUUUCGAUGGACGGGAACCAAUCGAGACGACAAUCGAUGGAUUUAGAUACGACAAGUCACAGCAGGGAAAAUAAUAACACGAUCAUCAUUAGCCCAUCUUCGAUGCACGGCAACAACAAUAACGCUACCGCGAACGCGUUGAGAAGGACCGUGAGCGCAUCGGACGUGAGCGGGGAAGACUCGUUGCUCAACAACGGUGGAGGGAGCAUGGACUUGCUUCGAAGACGCGCGAUGAAGUACGCUCAGGAGCAAAAGAAUUUAAAAGAAUUUCAUUUUCCUAAGGCAUUGGAAGUCGUAGUCGCAGAUCAAGAAGUAGACGAAGAGAAAGAGAAAAGCAAUAGUAAUAAUAGUAAUCCUACCACGCCGAGGAACGACGACAACGUGUUAGAAGAAGUCGCUCCGGCGAGUUUCUAUCCAGCCAGUCCGUCGGACCAAUCGCCGUUGAUGACAAAUUUGAGAAAAGCGGCGUUGUUGAGAUCGCUCUCGAGAGGUAAGCAACAACAACAACAACAGCAGCAGCGGCGGCACGGUGGUAGCAAGUAG